UGUGGGUUGCACCGCACACCCCCUGUCAGGAAUGGACUCAGCACUGGUGGUGGGACUCACCUGCUGUGUGGGCUGCAGUACCAGGGCUGACCAGCGGGUGCUCUCAGCAGCCAGAAGCUCACUUCUGCAAUCAGCCAAACCUGGGGCUGAUUGCAGAAGGAAUGGACUCAGCACUGGUGGUGGGACUCACCUGCCGUGUGGGCUGCAGUACCAGGGCUGACCAGCGGGUGCUCUCUCAGCAGCCAGAAGCUCACUCCUGCAGUCAUCCAACACCUGGGCUGAUUGCAGGAGGUGUAUUUAAGGAAUGACCAGGGCCUGUGAUCAGUGCCUUGGUGUAUGUUUCCCAUGAGCCCCUGUACCUGGUAUCCUGUGUUCCUGCCUAGUUGCUGACCCCUGCUU